AUGGUGGAGCCUGGGGGGCUUCACCUUCAUCGAUCCCUUGAUCGUCCCGUUGUCCCUCCUUCUAUGGCAUCUCACGCCUUGGAGAGCCUCAUUGGUGCUGGGCCUGGCCAGCAGAGGGAAGAGGCUGAUGAUCGGUGGGCUGGCAAGCUUCACAGCUUCAUCGCGCAUGCGCAAGAGUCAUGA